GAGAGCGCAUCGCAGCGUGCAGCGAGGGGGCGGGCUUGUGCCUCUGGCGCCUAGAUGCUUGCCUCUGCAGUCAGACCCCGGGGGUGGGAAAAGUGUCGCCUUCCCCAGUGUGUCCGCAGUUUGCUGCAGUAGCCCCUGCGUUGACGCUCCCUAUCCUGCUGCUACAGAGGCUGCACUGCCCCAGCGCCCCGGUGCGGACAGAGCCGCCGCUCUCUGCGGACCUGGAGAGCGCGUGAGGGCACACACUCCGGGCAGCGUCUCCGUGCGUCCCCGUCUCCCCAGUUCACCUCCCGCGUGCCCCGCCCCUCCUCGCUCUACGCCUCCUCCUUGGCUGCGGGCCGACAGCUCCACACCGCCGCAGCGCCUCGCUUCUGGACAGCCUGCAGUUGGCACACAAGCCCACACCCACUCCGCCCGGCCGCAGCCCUGCCAAGCAUGUCGGCGCUCGAGUGGUACGCUCACAAGUCCCUGGGCGACGGCAUCUUCUGGAUUCAGGAACGCUUCUAUGAGUCGGGCAACCGAGCCAACAUCUGGCUGGUACGUGGCUCGGAACAGGAUGUGGUGAUUGACACGGGCCUGGGGCUGCGAAGCCUCCCGGAGUACCUGUACUCCUCCGGCCUCUUGCAGGACCGCGGCGUCAAGGAGGACGCUGCGUGCAGGCCGCUGCUGGCCGUGGCCACACACGUGCACUUUGACCACUCCGGAGGCCUCUACCAGUUCGACCGGGUGGCCGUGCACCACGCCGAGGCCGAGGCAUUGGCUCGCGGGGACAACUUUGAGACCGUGACCUGGCUGUCCGACAGUGAGGUGGUUCGGGCGCCCAGCCCUGGCUGGAGGGCCAGGCAGUUCCGAGUGCAGGCGGUGCAGCCCUCCCUCAUCCUGCAGGAUGGGGAUGUGAUCAACCUUGGUGACCGACAGCUCACUGUUAUGCACAUGCCUGGUCACUCCAGGGGCAGCAUUUGUUUACAUGACAAAGACCGAAAGAUUCUCUUCAGUGGAGACGUCGUGUAUGAUGGAUCACUGAUUGAUUGGCUCCCAUACAGCAGGAUAAGUGACUAUGUUGGAACCUGUGAACGUCUGAUAGAAUUAGUGGACAGAGGUCUGGUAGAGAAAGUGCUUCCUGGGCACUUCAAUACCUUUGGUGCUGAAAGGCUUUUUCGAUUGGCUUCUAACUACAUUUCAAAAGCUGGGCUAUGUCACAAAGUUUCUACUUUUGCCAUGCGCUCUCUUGCAAGUUUAGCUCUACGUGUAAUGAAUUCUAGGACCUCAGCCUAGUAAUCUAUACUGAUAAUCUAUUUUGAUUAAUUCUGUAAAUUAAACCAGUUCAUUUUGUUGUAUUUAAAAUGAUUAAUAGUGAGCAUUUCAGGAAGUGUUUUUUAUACUACUGUUAAAGAAAAAAAGGUUGAGAAAGAAUAAGCCAAAAAAAGGAAGUUCUUAGUUUAAAUUUUUUUCUUCCAAAAAAGAAACUACUUAAAUAAGCUUAUAAUUUGCCAAGCUGUCAUCUUACAAUAUUUGCUCCAGAAAGGACAUAAAAAUAUAUGGGGAAGAAAGGAGGCAUUUUACAGUAAGAGAAAGAAUUGCCCUUGCCUCCCGUUUGUCCUAUUUUAUUUCCUAAAUGACCUAGAAAGAGGCAUAAAGAGUUUUAUGUUUAUACUACAAAUUCGAUAUUUUUAGUAUAUUAUUUUAAAAAUAAAGGUUCUUGUGUUUAAAAUAUAUUAUAACUCAAUACAAGCAUAAAAGUAACAUAUAGAAUGACAGCUGAAACAAUAUGGUACAGAAUUUUAUGCUUUAUUCUUAAUGUAAUUAUAAUGUGCAUUGUGUUGUGUAAUUUUACUUAAAAAAGGUACAAUGAAUUAUGUUUAUUGCAAAGCUUUAAUAUAAAUUGCAGAAUGCACCAGUAAAAAGCUACUGUAUAUUGUUGUUUAUUAUGUAUAUGUAAUAUUUUCAGUCAUGAAAGUGAAAUUCAGAUGUCUGUAAUCUAACUGCAAAUUGUCAGAUUUCUCAAAAGGACACUGUCAGGCAAACUUGAAAAUAUACACAUUGAGAAUAAUUUUUUAUUAUAUCCUAUUUUAAUAUUAACAGCUACUAUAACAAAAUUUUUCUUGUUAAAGAACAUCAGUAUAUGUGUCAUAUUUUAUAGUAUCAAAACUACUAUAGAGAUCUACAACAUCCUGAUAUAAACCAUUCUCUUAUUUAACAUAUGUAUGUACCACAGAAGAUUUUUCAAAUUACAAAAUGUGCAUUAGAUAUUGACUUAAAGUGAAUUGCCUUUUUUAUCCUGAUUCACAACACCUAUUCUUUGUCUUGAAUAUAAGUCUACAUUUUAUACUUACAGGUAAAGCGAUCCCACUAUUUAGUAAAAUGCUUUGGUUUGGUACUUUUAAUAGUUUAUUUAAAAGCCUUUUGGAAGAUUUCAUAAAUGUUUUAUUAAACAGUUUAUUCACUGCCUUUUUUAUUAUUGACAUGUCCAAAACCAAACUGACAUAGCUUUGGAAAUCAGAUUUUUUAGUGUUAAGAAGGUUUAGCAAUUUUGAUUUCCGAAGUUGUGAAACUUUUCCUACCCUACACCUACCCAGGUUCUUAGUCUUUUAUUCUUUCAACAUACAUACACACAUAACACACACACACACACACACACACACCACAUGCAUACACAGUCACAUACAUACAUGCGCAGCAUUGUGCUAAACACUGUGGAAGCUUAAAAUGUCAAAGAGACUACAUCCUAGCUGGAAGUAGAAGACAAAGCAUAAAUAGUAAUAAUAUAUGUAAUUUGAAGUUAAUAGAAAUUACACAUGCAUGUCAGGGACAUAAAUGGAGGUGUGUGAAGUUUGGUCAAGGAAAGGUUCCUGGAGGAGGGGUUUUUGAGUCAGAUUUGGAAGGAUGAUUUGUUAGGUGGUCAGGACAGGAAACAAAAAGAUCCAAGAAGAGGGAUGGAAGCAUUGCUGUCUAGGCUAUUUCCGAUGACAUUAAAUUUCUAUUUAAAUUUAAUUUUCAGGAAUCUUAGAUCUUCCAUAACCAAGUAUUUAGUAUGAGGAAAAUGGGUUUGUGAUUGUGUAUAUAAGAAUCAUCCUUAAUGACAGAAGAGCUAUACUGCCACAUGCCACUGAGUGGACCUUUACUUAAAAUUAGCAAAGAUUAGCCAUGAUUGUUCAAACACAUAAUAUCACAGGAGUUUCUCUGUGAUAGUCAUUGAAGGCAGUAGGUCUGUUUCAAUUGAUAGUGCAACAUCAAGAAUAUAGAUUUGGUUCAGGGCAUCUACAAUCACUUAAUGAGCCUUAAAUAUAGCCAUUAUUUUUAUAUCAGCACAAAAGAAAACCAAAAGUCCUUAACCACUGACCAUUUUAUCAUACUUUAGGACUUAUUUUUUAAUCAGGGUAUAUAGUAGGCACUAAGUUUUAUUGAGAAAUAUUUAAAUCUGAUGAAGGCUUUCCUUACUUCUUAAAAGUGUGAUUUUUUUCAAAACACGUUGAUUUUAAUUUUAAAUUUCCAGAAUUAUUUUUGUUUUUCCAAUUGUAUCAAAACAUAGACUGAUAUUUUGCUAUUGCUUCAGUGUGAAUAAAUUGGGGAGUGGAUCUAUCAUUCAUUAGUGCCCAUGCUAUGCAUUUUUAAAUAUGCAUUACUUAACUUAAUCCUGGCCCAGUGCCAAGAAGUAAUUGACCAGCUUCACACAACACAUAUUUGGACUAAGUUGGUGAUUGAGUACAGAUCUGUCUGCCUCCCAAACUGUGCUCUUUCUCUUAUACCUGCACAACAACAAAAUUGGCCAAGUGUAUUUUUCCUUUCCAAGAUGCCAUAUGUGCCAACAAUAAAUCAACUGAUGUUAAAGCAUAAUUAUAGCAUAUUUUUUAAAAAGCUUUAAAAAUAUGUAUUUUCAUCCUGACAGUGACCCAUGCUAUAAUUUAUGGUUUUUGGAAAUAAUAGUAUGUAAGCAUAAUUCAAAGUUGUCAAAAUGUAAUACAUUUAGAAAUAACAUAUUAUUUAUGUUGCUAACAGCAGUCUUUGGAAAUUGAUUUUCCUUAUUUGGUGUUUUAACUGAACUCUAAAACAAAAAUCUGUGUGCUAUCCUGAUAUAGUUAUACAAGUGAUUAUGUGUAGUUGUUCUUAUAUGGAUAGUAAUAUGAAUGUGACAUGCAGAAACUGUUCCCAUAAUUUUCAGAUAAGUGUAAGUAAACAUUUGUGUCAUAAAUAUUAAAGUGGACAUUUUA